AAUCCUCAAUAACACAUGGGAGCAAUUUUGAUCUAUAAAAUCAAAACUUCACAAAUUUGAUAUGCACAAAAACUGUAAUGUACACGAAUGGGUUCUACGGAAAUGGUUGAACAUAAUAUACCCAAGCAUCCUCAUAAUAAUUGCUCGAAAUGUACAAAUUCAUUGGUUAAACCAGCUGUUCCUAUCGAAUGUCUAGCCAUUUUUCAAGCAGUGUCUGGUUGCUUUCCCAUCAGCCGGAAUCCUCAAUAAUACAUGGGAGCAAUUUUGAUCUAUAAAAUCAAAACUUCACAAAUUUCAUAUGCACAAAAACUGUAAUGUACACGAAUGGGUUCUACGGAAAUGGUUGAACAUAAUAUACCCAAGCAUCCUCAUAAUAAUUGCUCGAAAUGUACAAAUUCAUUGGUUAAACCUGCUGUACCUAUCGAAUGUCAGCCACAAACUCACAACAGCUACCAUGUCAGCAGUCAACCACUACGCCGUACCGCAAGCAUGGUUUUAAUGAGUACACGGUGUUUAGUUGUUCAAUUUGUCGGUUUAAUCAACUACUUGUUCAAUAGAAAAUAGCCGCCAUUUACGGGCACGCAACUACAUUUAGCAUAACUUUAUCCGGUUGCCCUUUUGGAUGAUAUUGAGCGAUAAGGUAGUGUCGUCGUGGCUAUACCCCCGUACGGAAGCGUUACGCAAAUGGGUGCUCUGGUGGGAAGUGUUUUUGUGCUGCUGUUUGCACUUACCAUCGAUACGACGACGGUUUCGAAUUACGACCCGGAACUGAGUGAAGUUAAACUUUACUUCUUCUCACCAUGGUUGAAGUACGAGCGGGACGUGGAAACGUUUGAGGCGCCACCACAGUUCGACCCACGAAGACAGCUGAAGGUGCUGAUUCAUGGGUGGAAUGCGGACCGGAACCACAUCUCGAUGCUACCGAUCCGGACGGCGUACUUGGUGCAGGAUGCUCACAACCUACUCGUAGCCGAUUGGUCCCAUGUUGCCUACCUGCUCUAUCCAACGGCUCGUGAUCUAGCAGUGCCGGUGGCGAACCGUAUCGGUAGCAUGCUGGUACGGUUCAUCGAGCGACUAGCCAUCGACCACAGUCAGGUGCACGUUAUCGGCCACAGUCUUGGGGCACAUAUAGCGGGUAGCGUGGGACGUUACUGCGGUGGAAAGUUAUCGCGUGUGACGGCUCUCGAUCCGGCCGGGCCACUGUUUGAGCUCGAGUCGAAAGAUGCCGUCGGUCCCGAUGUUGCCGGGUUCGUCGAUGUGAUCCACACCGAUGGUCUCAUGCUGGGGGAGGAUAUCAUCCGUGGACAUGCGGAUUUUUUCCCCAACAGUGGCCUACCACCACAACCGGGCUGUGAAAUACUCGACAUCGUUACACUACAUGCCUGCAGCCAUUGGCGUGCGACCGGAUUCUUUGCGGAAUCAAUUCCGCUACCGGGGAGCUUUAUUGCGUGUGCCUGCAGUCGGGAGGAAAUUUCGCGAAAGGACGCUAUCUGUCUACCGGAUGUACGGGACACAUCCUUGCGUGAGUGUGUUACAAUGGGCGAAGCACUUGAUCGUAGUGCACGGGGAACAUUUUUCACUCGUACAUCGCGUGCGCCACCGUUCGGACUUGGCAAUCACACAGCGAGCAUGGAUCCAACUUCUAAGAUCUACCGACACGUGCUUGCGGAACGUUCGUUCGAUUGACGUCGUCUGAGAAACCAUGCAACCAGACACUCACUCCAGCCCGGAUGGAGCGCGGGGGUCACUGGAUUAUUUCCGAAAUAAGGAACACAUUAACUUCACCCUCCUCAAAAAAGCUCCCCAACGCUCUCCCGAAGACGAUGUUGCUAAUGGAAGCAUUAUAAGCAUGUCAGGCUAUUUUCAAAGCUUAACAAGACAUAAUAGACUAAAUUGACGCUAUCAAUGAAUCUUCUCAUGGCAGUAGCGUUUAUGCAGGUAUUCAUCACCAUGCUUGUUACAUGGCACGGUUGCACUUCUCCUCCGCUGUAGGUAUGGAAAUUUUAUCCCGAAGCUUUCAAAGCCGUCAAAUAAAUGAUCAGUUGCGGGGAAGCUGGUUGGAAUAUCUUCUGUAAUAAAACACCAAAAUGAGACUACAAAUUGAGCAUAAUUUAUUCAAGAGCAGAAUCAGGUUAAAUGAUGUAAAUUUGUUAAUUUUGCAAACUAAAAUGUUCAGGAAAAGCUCUAGGAAAUGUCAUCCAGAAACGCAGUGUUAUUGGUUAUGUUAUCAGUCAUUGUAGAUUAAUAAAAAAAUAUUAAAAACUUGUAAAA